AUGGAAGAACUUAAGAAAUCAAUUGACGAGGGUAUAGAUUACAUUGGAACUGUUGAUGAUUCUGGUUCUAUUACAGCUCAUAUUAUAAAGAUUAUCUCUGGAGAGACAGAGGCUAAAACUGAUACAGAAAAGAGAAAGGCUCUUGAUCUAUUCCUUGGUGGCAUGACAGCAACAAGUGGUUCGAAUUAUUUACCAAGUGCUAAUAAUAUAUAUAAACAAACUUUAAUACUUUUCAGUGGUUUACAUGUUAAAUGUAGACACCUUCAAUGUACAACCGACAAUUGCUCAAGUUUUAUUGACAGAUCAAACGAUUAUUGGACAAGACUCAAUUUAGUAGACAAUAUAAUUGAAUCAAGUUAA